GUUGCAGAGGCUAGACGCCGUCUGCUUUGUUGGGACCAUCGAUACUACGACUUUCGGCGAGUCAACUGGGCAAAUUGCAAGAUAUUAACGGGGAUACGGUACUGUCUGCGUAUUGGACACUGUCUCCUUGUGUUACGUUCACGGUCGGAGCUCGUUUCUCCGUGUUUUUCGCUGCAGACGACAGGAGUGAGGAUCCACUGUAUAUAAACAAAACGCAGUGAGCUGCUUUUUUUAAGGUGGCACGACAGAGAUCUGCAAUAACAAGGACCAUGGGACUCACUAUAGAGCUUUGUUAGGAGUUCAACUCCAAACUGUGUGUGUGCGAACAUGAGAGAAGAGGAUAGUUUGUUGUCAGGAAGGCAGCUCAUGGCAAGUGAAAGAGGCGAACAUCACUGCUGCUGCCUCUACUUGACAGAGGAGAAAGGAGCAAUUGCUUUCAGAAAGGGUGACCUGAGGCCUCCUGGUCAUUUGUGCCUCUCUCAGUAGUAUAAAACCAGACUUUGGCACAACAUGGAGACUGUGGGGAAAUUUGAGUUUAGUCGGAAGGACUUGAUAGGACAUGGCGCAUUUGCUGUCGUCUUCAAAGGCAGACACCGAGAGAAACAUGACUGGGAGGUGGCGGUUAAGUGCAUCAACAAGAAAAACUUGGCCAAAUCCCAGACACUGUUAGGGAAAGAGAUCAAAAUACUCAAGGAGCUGAAACAUGAAAACAUUGUUGCAUUACUCGACUUUCAGGAAACUGCCAGCUCAGUGUACCUGGUAAUGGAGUACUGCAACGGGGGUGACCUUGCUGACUACUUACACUCCAAAGGCACGCUGAGUGAAGACACUAUCCGGGUUUUCCUGCAGCAGAUUGCAGGGGCCAUGAGGGUCCUACAGGGCAAAGGCAUAAUCCACAGGGACCUCAAGCCCCAGAACAUUCUGCUCUCCUACCCACCAGGACGCAAGUCGCACUCCAACAACACCUGCAUCAAGAUCGCGGACUUUGGCUUUGCCAGGUACCUUCAGAGCAACAUGAUGGCGGCAACACUCUGUGGGUCCCCUAUGUACAUGGCUCCUGAAGUCAUUAUGUCCCAAAACUAUGAUGCCAAGGCUGACUUGUGGAGUAUAGGAACCAUAGUGUUUCAGUGCCUGAUUGGGAAGGCUCCUUUUCAGGCUAGCAGUCCCCAGGACCUCCGGCUGUUCUAUGAAAAAAACAAGACUCUCAGCCCCAACAUCCCGAGAGAGACUUCUAGCCAUUUGAGGCACCUGCUGUUGGGUCUGCUGCAGCGCAACCACAAGGACCGCAUGGACUUCGAUGAGUUUUUUUGUCAUCCUUUCCUGGAGGCUAGCUCAUCCCUGAAAAAGACAACUCCUACUGUGUCCAUGACCUGCUUUCCAAGCUCUGCAUCAGCCAGCUCUUGUAGCAGCUCUUCCACCUCUCACCUGGCCUCUCCACCGCAGUCUCUUGCUGAGGUUCAGCAUUUGCGUGCCAAAGCUCUGGCCUCCCCUACCCAGGAGGCUGCUGGUUUUCUUCUCAAGGACUCCUCUGGGGGGGGUGGCAGCAGCAAGAACUCCUCCUCCUGUGACACGGAUGACUUUGUCAUGGUGCCUGUUCAGUUCACCACGGGUGAGCUGACAUGUGAGAGUAAAGUGCUGCCGGACAGCCUGAUGAACAGCGGCUCUCUUCUGGCUUCUGCUGGUCUGUGUAGCCAAGUCAAAAGCCCACCACACUCACCUUCCUGCAGUGGGUCUCCAACUCCCGUCAGGCCCAGUGAGUCCUCGGGAAGUAACUAUGGUGGUAGCUAUGGAAACCAUGGUCAGUCAUCGCCUAUCCCAGUCCCUACCCAGGUCCAGAAUUACCAUCGCAUGGAGCAGAAUCUCCAUUGUACCAAACUGGAUGGCUCACCACGGCUGUCGACACCUGUGCAUCGUUGCAGCAGUGGAAGCUCGUUGGGCUUUGCUCGGACCGGGCCUUCACCGCCCUAUGGGCAGGGGGCGGUCACCACCAAUCGUAGGCCUUCCCUGGGAGGCGGCAGACAGUUCCAGCUCUCCCCUCAAGCUCCUCUUCACAUUGAAUCCCGGCCGACUUCUCAGCAACACCCACAGGCGACCGGACUGGGCGCACGGCUCCACAGUGCCCCCUGUUUGUCGGAGUGUGUCAGUGGUGGUGUCAAGCAAAAGAUCAGGAAGCAGCACUCAGACCCGGUGGUGGCCCCCUCGGCAGGCCUGAAGACCCUCCGCCCUCUACACUCUUCCCCCAGACUCAGUGAGCUGAUGCAGCGCAGCCCCCUUCCCACAAUCCUUGGCUCCCCUUCCAGGACCAUCCCUCCGUUUGAAUUCCCCAGGCCUCCUAGCUCUCCAAACCUCAUGACCUUCCUGACACAACAGGGUUUGGUCAUCGGCUCCCCUUGCAGCAGGACUGCUCCAGCAGAGCCCAGAGAUGCAGGACAUCAAGCGCUAACACAAGUUUUCCAGCCUGCCCACUGCAUCCACAGACUGAAUGAUGAUACAAAGGGCUUUGGCAGGUCUCAGAGUGCAGGUCGUCUGUCUGACAUGCUGCUGAUGGCUGCAUUCGGACCAGGUGGACCUGCAGGUGACCGAGGCAGCACAGAGAACUUGACCUCUGAUAAAGCCAUAGACAUAAAAGCGCCCCCCACUGGUGGGGGAGGUCUUGCACCUGGCUCAAUCAGCCCAGCUCAUGUGGUUUUCACUGUGGGCUCUCCUCCCAGUGGCAGCACCCCACCUCAUACGUCCAGACAGAGGAAAUACUCAGGCUCGCUCUCUUCAAUCAGCCCUGCAGGUUCCUUCACAAGCCGCUACCCACAAACAGGCACCUAUCUGGAUGGCUUCGAGGCUCCUUCCAGUCCUCGCUACAGUUUCACUGAUCCUAUCACAGCCAACAUGGGCGGUCCUGUAACCUUUUUGGCUCCUGAGCUGCCCGAGGAGACGCUGAUGGAGCAGGAGCAUACAGACACUGUGCAAAGCCUGCGUUUCACGUUGGAUUUCGCCCGCUGUCUGAUGGAGGUAGCUGGAGCCCGUGGCGUCAUGGUGUUGGGGGAGCAGGAAGACCUUUCUCAUCCCUCCCUGUUUCAGCAGCAGAGCGUGGUAGCAGAUCAGAUAAGCUCACUGAGCCGAGAGUGGAGUCAUGCAGAACAGCUGGUUCUCUUCCUCAAGACUACAGAACUCUUGUCCUCUGCCUUACACACAGCCAUGGAGCGAGUUAAACAGGGCAAACUCUACCCAUCCUCGACAGUCAAACAAAUAGUGAGGAGGCUGAAUGAGCUGUACAAGUCCAGUGUGGCAUCCUGUCGCUCACUCAGCACCCGUUUGGAGCACUUCUUUUCCAGGAAGCACCGUUUAAUGGACCAAAUCACCUCCAUCACAGCUGAGCGGCUGCUGUUCAGCCACACUGUGCAGAUGGUUCAGACUGCCGCACUGGACGAGAUGUUCCACCAGGGGGAAGCAUCCGUCAUGCGGUACCAUAAAGCUCUCCUGCUGAUGGAGGGCCUGUCUCUGCUGCUCACUGAACAGGAAGACAUCCUCAGUGUGAGCAAAUGUAAGGAGUGCAUUGAACGGCGCCUCACAGCUUUGCAGUCAGGACUCUGCGUUUGACAGUCCUACACCGCUUCUUGAGUGUGGCUAUGAUGUCAGUCAAUUUGCACCCUGCACAUUAUCAACAAACCAAAUCUACACCCACAACUCAUGGUCUUCACUUAGAAAUGCUUUCGUUUUCACAAGAAAACCACAAGGCUUGCAGUUUUAACUUAACCUUCAGGGCUUGUGCUCUCUAAAUAGCUUACCAUUCAGCUCAAAUUCUGGACAGUGGCAGUGACUUCCUCAGCACUAAACUUUGUGCUAGUGCUGAACACGAAGCACUUGUGCUGCGAAAGAAUGUCUGCGCUUGGGGCUAUGUGAGAAGGACUUUGCUCCUGGAUAUGAAAAGGGUAUAUUUUGCCAAGAAGAAGAUUUCACUCACUAUGCGUAACACCUGCAGGAGUAAUUAUUGCCAAGUAAUCACAUACCCAAAUACAAUACUUAACUAAACAUGAACAGAUAGCGUAAGAUGGACAAAUAUUCGUGCUACGAUAAUUUGCGAAAUGUUAUCUCUUAGCAAGAUCAGUUGCUGGAGGGAAAGCGCUGUAUCUGUUGUACACUUACAUACAGUAAGGACAUGUGCUGAUGAAUGGUUGGUAUGUCCAAGUAUCGCUCUCAUCAAAUUAAUGUUUGUCUUAACCCCAAUGUUUGCUUUCCUGUGUUUCUUUAUUUCUGGUAUUUACAUAAUUGUUUCUUGCUUGCUGAAGGAAACUUUAAAUAGCAACGCUACAGCUUGUUUGGAAGCGCAUACAAGCACUAUUACAAAACUGUUGCCAAAUUUAAAUGUAGUUUUGUUUUUGUGUUAUGUUUUAUUUGAGCUAACUGUAGGUAACAAGGCUGGUUUUGAAAAAAAGAUCCAUGUUUUUGACACUUUACUGAUUCUAUACUUGCUGGAUGUUAAAGACCAUGUUCAAUCAUGAAUCAUGAUGUAAGAGGGAUUUGUGUUUUAAAUGGUGACUGGUAUUAAUGCAACAGACACAAAAAGGGGUCCAAAAAACACUCACUACCCCACUGCUGAAUGCAAAAAAAAGCUUUUAUUUCAACAGACCCUGAUACUGGUCUGUUAUCACCCCUGGUUGCAAUCAUGUUAAAUAUACUGCAAUAGCCUGGGAUGUAUUCUUAAGUUAUACAAAGGCUUAGGUGCUGCAGAUGCAGGUAAUGCCUUCCCAUGAUUCCAUAUUGUGUCCGAUCAUAUGUUAUCAAUCAAUCAUUUUGGAGUUCAGCAAGUUAAAUCAAAUUUGAAUGUAGGGCUGACAGAAGAGGAACAGCGUUAAUAUCAGCCCAAUGUUACUAAAAUUGAGGGUAUAUCCCGGGAUUAACGUCUGAAUGUUUUUGCACUGUUGAAGUACUGUAUGGGAUGAUCUUGAGUGAACAUGUUAAACGUGUCCAGUUUUUUUAGAUACCUAGAUAUUUUUGCUUAUUUAGAGAUUUCUAUUCCAUGAUUUUAUUGCAGUUUUAGUUGUAAUAUAGUUGCUGUCAAAAGGCAAUGUGUGUUAGAUGUGAGAAUGCUGACAAAGAGAUGGUAUAAGCUAUGAAACCUUAGAAAGAUUUAUUUAAGAAGAAAAGGAAAAUAAAAAUUGCUUUACACUGAAAAAUGAUUUGCAUUGACUAUGUUGUGUUCAGUUCCAGAGUAGUUAAUAGGCUGCGAUUAUGUUUGUUUUGAAAAGUGACUGGUUGAUUUGCAGUGCUAGUGAAAAAUUUGUUUUUUACCUGAAAUAUUUGUGAAUUGUUGAGCUUAGCCAUAUAUUUCAACAGGAUACCUUUACUCCCCUAAAUUGUGGGCCAAUGGGAAGGGUCAACUUCUACUUUGGUUGCUGUCAAAGAGAAGCUUGUGUGCAUGCAUGCAUGCAUGUAUGUGUGAAGUGGUGUUGUUUGAUGUAUUAAUGGACAGUAGGGUUUGUUCUGUACAGAACUAAUGACAUUGCUCUGCAACAAGAUGUGAAGGAUUGGAUUUUGACUCCAGUUGGUUGUGUGGAUGUAGUUCAACAAUAUCCCCUGAAAAUCAAAGGUUCCUAUGGUGUAACCGACUUUCUUUUCCCUGAGGUGUAUUUUCCUCUGCCUUUUUUUUAAGUUAAUUAACAUGGAGACAAAGUGCGUAUUUUGGAAUAUGGUGUUGAUUGAUGUAUGGUCGAGCUGAAGAUAGUUUAAGAUGAGAUUUUUUUUAAGCCAGUAUAGUAGCACUGUCAGCAGAACAGAAUGGAGGAAAUAAUAUGAUAUAAAUAUACAUCAUUUAUAUUUGCUUUUUUUGGCUUUGGUCAGAUAUGUUUUCAUACACUUUCUUAGGUAUAACUCUACAGAGAGCAUAAAGCGUGUGUGUAAUGUUUGUCAGAGUGUUCAUUCCUAAUAUCAGCUCAUCCACAGCAUCUCUGUCUCUUACACAUGCUGUUCUGUUCAGUCAGUAUGUAGUGGCGAUGUCUCAAAAGAUACACAUAGCAGAAAGUGAUGACAUCCUACUUUUAUAAAACUGAUGCAUGUGUCACUUCUUAUUGUUCCCUACAAUCAUUGCUGUUGGCCAUCCUAAUGAUAAGUAUCGGUGGACAGAGUGAAAAGAUAAUUUGUACAGCUGUUGAAAUAAUAUAUAACAGCAGGGUGGUGUAUUAAGUGCAAAGUUAGAGCCCUUUGAAAAGCAUGUGUCCACUCUGCUGAAGUGGAACCCGCUUCUGGGCUACUGUUCAAAGUAUAACAUGAAGAUAAAAUGUAAAUGUAAUGUUUAAACUCCCAUACUAUAUCUGUCAUUGAUUUAGAUUAUUCUUUUGUAUGUUUUGUCAAGACCAUACCUGAAUGUUUUCAUUUUGUGAUUUUUACUUUACUCAUUCUGUAUUACCUGUAAAUAUUGUAAAUUAAGUUAUUGUUGUAGUGUAUAUGACACUGCAGGAAUUGAGAGAAUGGCACCAUACCACCUAUACAUUUCCAAAGAAUAAGCCUUCUGCUGAUCUUCCAUAUAGUCUGUUACUGUCGCAAAAGCAUUUUAAUGUUGUCAUAUCAAUGAAAGACAUUUUCUCAGUGUCCCUGUGUGUGAUGUAACAUUUUCUGUUCGAGAGUUGCAACAUGAAUAAAGUGAAAGGAAAGGUAAUUUGUCUUAAGAGGAAGUGAGAUUCCUUAACUUAUAUUUAACAACCACAAUAAACAGUUUUCCUCAUUAGCCCCCAUAGCUAUGGAAUAAUUUACAAGGGAGGCUGGCAAGGCAGGUUAGCAGCCACUGUCCUGCUGCUGACCUAGUUAGCCUAGUUAACCUGCUGCUAAGACCAAUUAAACUUGGGGACUUAACAUUAAGUCUAUUUAAAGCAACAUACCACUGUUUUGGCAUAGUUUAGACAAUUCAUUACAAGUCACAAAUACUGCUGGUAAUUUCUUAAAACACAAGAAACCUAUGUUUUGUUUCCUCCCGCUACAUGACACCUUU